CCAUCCACACCCAUACCCGCCCAAAAUACAACACCGUACCACGUCGUGCUUUUAAAUUUACAACAGAUCACAGUUGCUCUGGCUAUGAACAGUCAACAGGCUGCUAAAAUGUUGCAUCCUUGUAAAUUCUGGAUUUGCUUCUUUGUACAGAUUCUUCUCUACUCUUGUGUCCAGUCUUGUUUCCCUGCUUCCUUUCAAGCAACAUCACCUGAAGAUGUUGUCACUGGUUAUGUCAUAGCAAAAGUGAAUGUGGCCAGCUGUGCUUCAACAUUAGAGCACUUUGAUUCAAGUGACCCUGACUUCGCAAUACGCCCUGAUGGCUCUAUCGUUGCACUCCACAACACCAACAUACCUGCUGCUGGGAGAGUCUUCACAGUGUGGGCCUCGGAUAGCAAUGGACACCAAAGUAAAAUGCACGUCUCUAUCACGAGGAAGUCGCCUCAGACGGUGAAGACUGGCAUUCUGAGGCGGUCUAAAAGAAGAUGGAGCCCGCCACCUCUCAAUAUUGUUGAAAAUGACAAUGUUGGUCUUCCGAAAAAUGUUGAGCAGAUUGGCUCAGAUUCAUCUAAUGUGUACAAUGUGUACUAUGUCAUCUCUGGUCCUGGAGUGGAUGAGCAGCCAGUGGGGGUGUUCAGUGUGGAACCAAACAGUGGCAUGUUAAGGGUCCAUAAAGCCGUUGACCGGGAGCAGUACCCCCAAUUCAAAUUCUUUGCCAGGGUAUAUGACAAAUAUACCAAUGCAGAGACAGACAAACCUCUCGAUAUCACAGUAAAUGUGAUAGAUCUGAAUGACAAUGCUCCAACAUUUCCUGCCUCACUAACCUUUUCAGUAUUGGAACAGACCGCAGGUGCUGUGGUUGGGCAAAUUAAUGCAACAGACCGAGAUGAAGCAGGCACAGACCACACCAAGAUUAGAUACAAACUCUUGGAUGGCAAUGAUCUGUUCUCUAUUGAUUCUCAGACUGGCAUCAUCAAGACAAAAACUGCCACGCUAGACAGAGAGGCUAAACCCAAUCAACUUGUAACUGUUGAGGUUAGAGACAUGAAUGGGGCAUCAAAUGGGUUGUUCAAUACAGCCACAGCUACCAUUCGUCUGGGCGACAUCAAUGAUAACCCACCAGGUUUCACAAAGAGCUCUCACAGUGUAAAUGUGAAAGAGAAUGUGGGCGGCGAGACUCUACUACUCAGAAUCCCAGUGGAGGAUAAAGACCUGGAAAAGACACCCAACUGGGAGUCUGUGUUUGACAUCACCAAGGGCAACGAGAAUGGGAACUUCAGAAUUGAGACAGACCCAGACACCAACGAGGGCCUCCUGUACCUGACAAAGCCUCUGGAUCACGAGCAGGCCAAGACUCUGAACUUGGAGGUCCAGGCUCGGAACAAGGCUCCAUUGAGUGGCACAUCAGCCUCGUGGGCAUCCAUUCCUGUCAGUGUCAAUGUCGACGACGUGGAUGAAGGGCCGGAGUUCAUGCCAGAAAACCUGCAACUGAGGAUCAAGGAGGGGCUGCCCAAUGGCACCGUCAUUGGCACCUACACAGCAAAAGAUCCAGAGACCAACAGUGGCGCAGGAAUCAAGUACUAUGAGGUCUCAGACCCAGCCUCCUGGAUUGAUGUGGGUGAAACCAAAGGGGAGCUGAAGAUCGCUAACACCAUGGACAGGGAGUCUGACUUUGUGAAGAAUGGCAUGUACAACCUAACCGUGAAAGGGGUGGAUCCUAGUGGUAAAACAGGCACAGGGACGGUUUUCAUCACUCUGGAAGAUGUGAAUGACAACCUGCCCACACUGCCGUCUCAUGACCUGGUUCUGUGCGAAAAGGCCGAUGGGCUGGGCUCGGUGGUGGUGGUGGCGGAGGACAAUGAUGAGAAGCCAUUUUCCUCCCCCUUCCUCUUCAAGCUGAUGGAGCCAUACGAAGGGAAAUGGACCCUGAGCAAACUAAAUGACACGGCAGCGACACUGCAACAGGAGAGCGAGCUCCCCACAGAAGUGUACGAGAUCCCCGUGCUGGUCACCGACCUCCAGGGCAUGGGGGAGACCCAGGUGGUCCGGGUGAGGAUCUGCCGCUGCCACUACGACCAGUGCGUGGUCCGAGACAAGUCCACUGCCCUGGGGGUGGGAGGCAUCCUAGCCAUGCUGCUGGGUCUGGCCCUGCUGCUGCUGUUGUGUCUUUUGGCCGCCUGUGUUUGCGCAACCAAGGGUGAGAAGCUGGAGCUGAAAGAUGACCUUUGGAAUGGCGGCAUGCUCCUGAAAUCAAACACAGAGGGCCCAGGGGAGGAGGGAUCGGCAAUUGUCAUUGUGCCAAACACAGGCAUGGAGAAAGGUGCUGUGAAAGGUGAUGCCAUGGAUAAUGGUGCGUUUGGCACCAUGGGCGGUGCUGGCAACAUGGGCAUGGGCAUGGCCAGUGCCAACACCGUCGCAGGUGCCUGGCAGUCCACCCAGCCGCCUGUCGGACUGCAGCAGUCAUCCGGCGUCAUGACGAUGGACGUGAUGGACAUGAACACCAGCAGCCAGUACGAUUUCGGAGGCGGCCAGGGGAUGGACGAGAGGAUGUUCCAUCUGAACCAGAGGGACGCCACCGCUCUUCACACGUGGAGGACAAACGGCAUCUUUCUAGACAUGAAACUGAAUUACCUGGCCACAGGGGAGGACGGCCGGUAUGCAGAUGACAUCCUCCACCCGUACAACUUUGAGGGGGAGGGCUCCGUGGCCGGCUCCGUGGGUUGCUGCAGCGACCAAAGCUAUGGCAACCUGGACUUCCUGGAUACACUUGGACCAAAGUUCAAAACGCUGGCGGAUGUCUCGAACAAAAAAUAACGCUGGAGCGAAGGGAGGAGGAGCCCCCAUUGCAAUGCAAAUGACUAUGGUUAAGGAUUCCCGGAACAGCACAUUUGAAGUUGUCACACGUUGUGGCUAAGUCUGUAGUGUUGAGACUACAAAUAGGAAUAGGGUAAAAACACAGCACUGCCAAUGUACAUAAGAGGGUUCUUUUCAUGUAAUCUGUUCUAUGCCAUUAAAAGUUAUGGACUGUCAGAAACAGUAUUUUUAUGCACUCAAGAUCAAUGUUGUGUACAUUAUGAGACAUAUGCCACUUCAAUAUUAUUUUGUCUUUGCCACAUAUGCUGUAGAUAUGGAAAAUGGGGUUGUGCUUUCUGUGAACUUUUGAGAAUGUUCUUUCUAUAGGGUUGUUUUUGCACUAAAUGUAAGUUGGGGUAUCGUGAAAUACUGCUGUUUACUUUCCCACAAACAUGUUCAGAAUUUUCUUACUCUGAAUCCUAAUACUGUAGAUGGUUCUUAUGAAUGCAAGUGAUAGUUCUCAAUGUAAGAAUGGUUGAGCGUGAGUGUAGUUUUGUCUGUGGUUUGAUUUCAGAAAGUGGGCACAAAGUAGCAUUUCUGCUGUAUAAGAAAGAAUCCUCAAUGUUCAAUUUUUUUUUAUUAUAUUGCCUAUUUUCUAUUGUCUGUUAAAUAAAUAUUUUGUAUGCCCUGUGACAUAGGCUACAUGCCUCA